GACCUGGUGCAGCGCAUGAUGGCUGGGAACUUUUCAGAACGACCUUCUGUACAGCAGGUCUUGGCGCACAGCUGGUGGCGGGAAGCCGGCAAGAAACUUCAGGCAGCGGCGCCCGCCGAGCCGGCACUCUCUGCAGAGCAGGAGCAGGGCUGGCACCCCGUGCGGCGUGGCGCGCGCCUCCGGCAGGCGCCGCCCGAUCGCAACUGGUCCGGCCAGUCGUACUGGAACGGCCUUCAGGAUUGA